AUGGCAAUUUCUCCUGAAGAUUCCACUACAAUUUGCACAAACUGUGAGAAAGCAAUUCCAGCCCCAAAUAUCAAUUUGCAUAUUGCACAUUGCACCCGUAAAUUGGAAAGGUGCAAAUUCUGUAGAGAAACGGUUCCUAAGAGGGAAGCGCAGAGACAUUACUCAAACAAGCCUGAUGUUCGUGGGAAUCAAAUACCGAACUGUCAUCGUUGCCGCCGCCAGAGAUAUAUUAAUGCAGGUCGUAGAGAUCAAAGGGGAAAUGCUUGGCCUCGCAGGGACUUUCUUUACACGGUUGCUAUAACAGGAGCUGCCUUUUUUCUGGGCUCUGUUUUCUUCCAAAGAAAGGAUGAUAAUAAUGGACAAUUGAUUUAA